CCCGCCUCUCUUCUUCCCUCUCCCACCUCUUUCUCCCCCCCACCGCCUUUGAACAAUUCCAACUGCAACCAUGGAUUCCACCGCCGUCAGGGCCUUGCUGGCGUCUAGCUUGGUUCCGGACGCCGAUACUCGACGACGAGCCGAAAUUCAGCUUAAGCAGAUUGAGGAGCAGCCUGGAUUUUUGGUUUGCCUGCUCGACAUCUUGGAGACCGAUGUCGAUGCCAGCGUCCGCCUAGCCACCGUCAUCUACCUCAAGAACAGAGUCAACCGAUCAUGGUACAACGCCGAACCCACCCCCGGCGAGAAGCUGGUAACGGACGACGAAAAGAACCAGAUCAGAGACCGUCUCGUCCCCAUCCUCGCUUCGUCUCAGGGUCUUGUCCGUCCUCAAAUUAUCCCCGUCAUUCAGCGUAUUCUGCAAGUCGAUUUCCCCGCCAGAUGGCCCCGAUUCAUGGACUUCACCACCGAGCUCCUCCACACAAACGACGCCGCCUCCGUCCUUGCUGGUCUGCAGUGCCUGCUCGCCAUUUGCCGCGCCUUUCGAUACAAGGGUGCUGACAAUUCCGAUCGUCAGCAGUUUGAUGAGAUUGUCAAGGGCAUCUUCCCUCGUCUUCUCGCCAUCUGCAACGAACUCAUUGCUCAGGAGAGUGAUGAGGCGGGUGAAAUGCUUCACCUCGCCCUCAAGGCCUACAGACACGCCACUUGGCUCGAGCUCUCCCCGUGCCUCCGCGAAAACGAUACCAACAUUGCCUGGUGCACCGUCUUCCUCCACACCGUCUCCAAGGUCAUCCCCGCAAGUGCCAUGCAGGAUGAGCCUGAGGAGCGCCAGAAGCACCACUGGUGGAAGUCCAAGAAGUGGGCUUACUUUAACCUCAACCGUCUCUUCAUCCGCUACGGUAACCCUGCUUCGCCUGGCAAGGGUGACGACGCUGUUCAGUAUGCCAAAAACUUCACUGCCAACAUCGCCCCCGAGAUCCUCAAGCACUACCUCGCCGAAAUCGAAAAAUGGGUUGCCAAGACGUCGUGGCUCAGCAAGCCCUGCUUGUCCUACACUCUUGUCUUCUUGGACGAGUCCGUUCGUCCCAAGGAGAUGUGGACUCACCUUAAGCCGCACCUACAGACCCUUGUGACCCAUUUCGUCUUCCCAGUCCUCUGCCUCGGCGAGGAGGAUAUCGAGCGAUUUGAAGACGAGCCCGAGGAGUACCUCCACCGCAAGCUCACCUACUACGAAGAAGCCUCUGCUCCCGAUGUCGCUGCCACCAACUUCCUUGUCAACCUGACCAAGAACCGCCGUACCGAGACUUUUGAGAUUCUCAAGUUUGUCAACGCUAUUGUCAACGAAUACGAGGAGGCUCCCAACGAUAAGAAGAACCACAUUGCCAAGGAGGGUGCCUUGCGCAUGAUUGCUACACUUGCUCCCGUCAUUCUUGGCAAGAAGAGCCCUAUUGCCGAUCAGAUCGAAUACUUCUUGGUCCGAUAUGUCUUCCCCGACUUUACCAGCCCUCUCGGAUACCUGCGAGCACGUGCCUGCGAUACUAUUGAAAAGUUUGAGUUGCUCGACUUCCAGGACCAGAACAACCUGCUCACCAUUUACAACCGCAUCCUCGACUGCAUGGCCGAUACUGCCCUGCCUGUUCGUGUCACUGCAGCCCUAGCCCUGCAACCCCUCAUCCGCCACGAGGUGAUCCGCGUCUCCAUGAAGCAGAGCAUCCCCACUAUCAUGCAGCAGCUUCUCAAGCUCGCCAACGAGUGCGAUAUUGACGCUCUCGCCAACGUCAUGGAAGACUUUGUCGAGGUUUUCGCCACUGAGCUAACACCAUUUGCCGUGGCCCUUUGCGAGCAGCUCCGCGACACCUACCUACGUAUCGUCCGUGAAAUGAUCGAGAAGGAGGCCAAGGCUGGCGACGACGGUGACUACUAUGCCGAGUACGAUGACAAGAGCAUCACCGCUCUCGGUGUUUUGCAAACCAUUGGCACCUUGGUGCUGACUCUUGAGAGCACACCCGAUGUGUUAUUGCACAUUGAGGCGGUCCUCAUGCCCGUUAUCAGAAUCACGCUCGAGAACAAGCUCUACGAUCUUUACAACGAAGCCUUUGAGAUUAUCGACAGCUGUACCUUCACCGCCAAGGGCAUCUCCCCCAACAUGUGGCAGGCAUUUGAGCUUAUCCACACUACCUUCAAGUCUGGCGCCGAGCUGUAUCUCGAGGAUAUGCUUCCUGCUCUCGACAACUUUGUUCAGUACGGUGCCACACAGCUGCUGCAGAAGCCCGAAUACGUCCAAGCUCUCUACUCCAUGGUCUCGGAUAUGUUCCAGGAUCCUCGCCAGGGUGGCCACGAGCGCAUUUGCGCUGUCAAGCUUGCUGAGGUUAUGAUGCUGAGCCUGCGCGGUAGCAUUGACAACUGCGUCGAAGGUUUCAUCGUCAUGGCCAUGUCGCUGCUGGCAGCGUCCGAGGUUAAGCCCAAGAGCUACAAGCUGCACCUUUUGGAGAUGGUUAUCAACGCCGUCUACUACAACCCUCUCCUCACACUCCAAAUUCUUGAGAGCAAGGGCUGGACCAACCGAUUCUUCAGCCUGUGGUUUGGAAACAUGACUGCGUUUAGCCGAGUUCACGACAAGACGCUUUGCAUCGCCGCCAUCUCAUCGCUGCUCAGCAUCAACCCCGACCAAGUCCCCCAGAGCAUCUCUGUCGGCUGGCCCCGUCUUCUCCAGGGCAUCACGGAGCUCUUCCGAACCUUGCCAUACGCCAUGAAGAACCGCGAAGACGCUCUCCGUGAUGACUUCACUCUCAACGCUUCGUACGACUACGAUGACGAAGAGGAGUGGGAUGAUGACGAGACCAAGUGGGAGGGUGAGACUGAGGAGGCUCCCGUCGAGGAGGAGAGCACUGAUGCCAAGGAUGGCAGCGCGGCCUACAUUGAGUUCUUGAACGAUGAGGCCUCCAAGUUCAGCCGCGCCUACGAUGAUGAUGAUGAUGAUGAUGAGCUCACAGAAGAGAGCGUCUUGAUGGAGUCACCCUUGGAUAAAUUAGAGCCAUAUGGCAUUUUCAAGAUUACCCUCUUGAAGAUGCAACACGAGCAACCUACAUUCUACGCCAACCUUGCCCAGCACCUGUCUGCUGAAGAGCAGAGCAUCCUGCAAAACAUCGUUGUCAGAGCCGACGAGAUUGCUGCCCAGCUGGCUUCGAGCGCUGCUGCCAAUGCAAGCGUGAAUUAGACCAUGCGACACGAAAACCGAAAGGAGUACUUGGAUUGGAGUCAAACAACUGGCCACCUGUGGGAUUUUAGACAGGUUUGAGCAGGUUUUGCGUUUUUAUUUUAUAUUUUAGCUUGGUUGGAGGAAUAAUUUUGGCAGGUUUGCCAUGUGUGGUUCCUUGCUACAUACAAUAGGCGGCUGCCAGUGGUUCUGCCCGCACCGUGUAGAAUCGCAAUACCAUGUAGGAAGCAAAAACCGAUUGGGAAGAGGAAGCCGUGGGAUUUGAGGCUUUCCUGAAUAGAAAAAGCUACAGCGGGCGACGAACUGUGAUGAUGCUGCAGAGGAGGAAAUAUAGGUAGCGCGUUGCAUUGACAUAUACCAUCACUAAACAAAAGGACACUUUUUGACAUCAAUUGACCAUGAAUAGAUAGACAAGCGCUAAGCAAGUGACUAUUGUUGACUAGACGUCUAUUGUACGUGGUACGAGUCAGUAGUAUAGCGUCAAGCUAAGUGGUGA